CGGCUGAAGCACACUAAAACCCUAAACCCUUAUUAAAGGUCAGGCACAUUUCUUCUGGAUUCUUCUGUCCUCCCUUCAUUUAUGCUCUCUCUUUCUCUCGCUCUCUAAGACCUCUCUUAAACUCUAAAACGUUGUCCGCUGCUUUGCCACCGCGCUCCGCCACCAUGUACCGCUUUGCCACUUCCCUUGCCUCUAAAGCUAGGUUGGCUAAGAACAACACCCAAUUGAUUGGUAGUAGAUUGAGUUGGAGUCGAAACUAUGCGGCUAAAGACAUUAAAUUUGGUGUAGAAGCACGCGCCUUGAUGCUUAGGGGAGUUGAAGAGCUGGCCGAUGCUGUUAAAGUGACCAUGGGUCCAAAAGGGCGUAAUGUUGUUUUGGAACAAAGUUUUGGGGCCCCGAAGGUGACAAAAGAUGGUGUUACUGUAGCCAAGAGCAUUGAAUUUAAAGACAGAGUAAAAAAUAUUGGUGCUUCCCUAGUAAAGCAGGUUGCAAGUGCCACCAAUGAUGUUGCUGGGGAUGGCACCACUUGUGCGACAGUCCUCACCCGUGCAAUAUUUGUUGAAGGAUGCAAGUCAGUGGCAGCUGGAAUGAAUGCCAUGGACCUCAGGCGAGGAAUUACAAUGGCAGUUGAUGCAGUGGUGACAAACUUGAAGAGCAGAGCACGGAUGAUUAGCACAUCUGAGGAAAUUGCUCAGGUUGGAACUAUAUCUGCAAAUGGAGAGAGGGAGAUUGGUGAGCUAAUUGCCAAGGCUAUGGAGAAAGUUGGCAAAGAGGGUGUUAUUACCAUUGCUGAUGGAAAAACCUUGUGCAAUGAAUUGGAGGUUGUUGAGGGAAUGAAGCUUGACAGGGGCUACAUAUCCCCUUACUUUAUCACCAACCAGAAGAACCAAAAAUGUGAAUUAGAAAACCCACUCAUUUUGAUCCAUGAGAAGAAGAUCUCAAACUUGCCUGCUUUGGUUAAAUUUUUGGAAUUGUCCUUGUCAAAGCAAAGGCCUUUACUAAUCGUUGCUGAAGAUCUUGAAAGUGAAGCACUUGCAACUCUCAUUCUGAACAAGCUUCGUGUUGGAAUCAAGGUGUGUGCCAUUAAAGCCCCAGGGUUUGGAGAAAAUAGGAAAGCUGGUUUGCAGGACCUUGCUGCUCUCACUGGAGGCGAGGUAGUGACUGAAGAACUUGGUCUUAAUAUCGAAAAGGUGGGAGCAGAAGUGCUUGGCUCUUGCAAAAAGGUUACAGUAUCAAAGGAUGACACAAUUAUCCUUGAUGGGGCUGGAGACAAGGCUGCCAUUGAAGAAAGAUGCGACCAAAUAAGAUCUGCAAUGGAAUCAAGCACUUCUGAUUAUGAUAAGGACAAGUUACAAGAGCGGCUUGCAAAGCUUUCUGGUGGUGUUGCAGUUUUGAAGAUUGGAGGAGCAAGUGAAGCAGAAGUUGGUGAAAAGAAGGAUAGAGUUACUGAUGCCCUAAAUGCGACAAAAGCUGCUGUGGAGGAAGGAAUUGUUCCUGGUGGUGGUGUUGCACUUCUUUAUGCCUCAAAGGAGCUUGAAAACCUACACACUGCAAACUUUGAUCAGAAGAUUGGUGUUCAGAUCAUCCAGAAUGCUCUUAUGAUGCCUGUACACACAAUUGCUUCCAAUGCUGGAGUAGAGGGGGCAGUGAUUGUUGGCAAGCUACUGGAACAGGAUAAUCCUGACCUUGGAUAUGAUGCAGCUAAAGGUGAGUACGUAGACAUGGUAAAAGCGGGAAUCAUUGAUCCAUUGAAAGUCAUAAGGACAGCCUUGGUAGAUGCUGCAAGUGUGUCGUCUUUGAUGACCACAACUGAAGCAAUUGUUACCGAACUUCCCAACGAUGAGAAGGCAGGCCCAGCAGCCCCAGGUGGCAUGGGCGGCCUAGAUUACUAAGCUUUCACAAUUCACAGGCAGGAAGAGUGGGGAUGCUGUAUUCCAAAUUUCUUGAUACAAUUUUUUAUAUGACAAAACUGUAACAAGAGAAGAGAAUAUUCUAGGGCAGAGAGGAGCUGGCAUCCUUCCUUGAGAACUUUCUUGUCUCCCCUGUUCAUUGAGUAAUCCAAUUUUUUGCUUGUGGUUGUUUC